AUGAGUUAAGAAGAAAAUAAAUAUGAAAUGAUCUUAGAAAGCAAUAGCAAAGAACAUUUAUUUAAUCUAAGCUAAGAUUCAGAAGCUGACGACGAAGAAGAUUAUGAAGCAGACAUAGAUAUUUCAGAAAAUAAUUAGAAAGAUAUAGUUGUGGUGCAUAAAACAUAUGAAUAUAUAGAAAAAUAUUUUGAAGAUUUGAUUAAAGAAACUAUGAAAGAGUAUUCCAUUCCUUUUGGAAGAGCUCUCUUAUUGUUAAGUAGGAAUAGUUAUGAUCAUAAAAAACUGCAAAUUUCAACAGAUGAGAAACUUACCGAUUUAAUAUACCCUAAAAUACCUUAGAACAUCAAAGACUUAGCAAAUAAAAAUGAAUGCUUGUUAUGCUUUGAUAGCUUAGAAGAAGACAACAGAUAUAGCUUGGCAUGCUAGCAUUACUUUUGCAAAGAUUGUUUUUCCCAGUACAUUUAAGAGGUGUUUAAGGAAGGACAGUUUUGCAUAUUUAAGACAUGUCCAUUAGAUGGAUGCUUAGAGAGACUCGGGAUGGAAGAUUUCAAAUAAUUUCUAUCAGAAGAAAAAUACAAUUUAUACAAAAGGUUCCUUAUAAAAGAUGCAUUUGGUCAAUCAGAGACAAUACUAUCAUGUCCACAACCAAAUUGUCCUUAUGUUUAAAUGAGCGUCAAAGAUCGAAUGAUAAAAGUGAAUUAAUAAAACAUAACUUGUUUAUGCAAUCAUGAAUACUGCAACUAAUGUAAAGAGAUAGGUCACUAUCCUUGCUGUUGUGGAGAUUUUAGAAAGUGGCUAUCAAAGAUAGAAAGUCAAGGUGCUUCUGCUAAUCUAAAUGAUGAAUGGUUUAUCAUGAAUACAAAGCCAUGUCCUAAAUGCAAGAUUUUUAUUGAAAAAAAUCAAGGCUGUAUGCAUAUGACUUGUAAGCAAUGCCAGCAUCAUUUUUGCUGGAUAUGCUUAGGUGAUUGGAAAGGACAUAAUGAUUAUUAUAAUUGCAGUAAGUUUGAUUAGGAAAAGCUAAAUGAGUUGCAAAGAGAAAAAAUAGAAUUAAGUCAUUUUAAAUUCCAUCAAGGCUAAUACUCUCAUCACCUAAGUAAUAUUUAGGUAAUGAAAAAAGAGAUUGACGAAAUAAUGAAUUAUCUCAAUGAUGUUAAUAGAAGACUUUUACUUUCGAACUAAAAGACUCUUGAACUCGAUAUAGUCAAUAAAUUUUGCCAAUAAAUACUGAGAGGAAGAAAAUAUUUGCCAUUUUUUUAUGCUAAGGGAUAUUUUAUUUCAGAUAAACAAAAGCUAAAGUUUUUUAAUGAUUUGAUAGAAGAUUAUGUAAGAAUUAUUGAAGAUUUUAACUCUUCACUUAGCAAUCUUAAGGAUAUUGAGGAUAAGGAAAAUGAGAUUAAGGAUAAAAUAAUUAUUAAAAAAAGUUUCUAUUAAUUCAAAGAUAGCUUGUCUAGGAAGUUAGGAUCUUGUUCGAAUUAUAUUGACCAAAAGUUGAAAUAAUUCACAGAAGACCUUGACAACUUUGAGAAAAUAAAGGAGUAAAACUCAGAAAAAAUAGUACCUGUUAAAAGUGAAAUCAUAUUCUAAAAUAUCCAAUAAAUGAAGCAGUAAUAGCAAAUAAACAAAGAAGAAUAGCUUAAAAAAAAAAAUAUUCUUUCAGCCAUUGAAGAAAAGAUAGAAGUAGAAAAAGAAGAAGCUAAACAAGCUACUAUUUAAAAACAAGAAGAUAAUAAUAAGGAUUUAAAUAAAAAGAGAAAGGUUUAAUUUAGCGAUUCUUUAGAUCAGGAAGAAAUAGAUUUAGGCAAUAGCCUUAAAAAAAAGUUAAAGUCAAAUGAAUGCUUAGAAGAAAUUCCUAGUAAAAAAGAAAUUAAUUCUACAGAAAAUAAUGCUUUUCAAAGUUAGUCAGUUUUAAUAUACAGGUGUAUAUCUGAAAAUGCACCAUUAACAUGUUUUGACUGUGGUGAAAAUCCUGCCACUAACGAGUAUGGAGUUUGCGAUGCAUGCUUUGAUUCAUUGAACAACUGA